UUUGUAACACGAAACUUAUAUUAAAGAGUUCAAAGAGCAAGAACGUUUACAACUAAAGCAAAUAAUUCCGGAGGCAUGCUCGACAGUACAACGAAAGUAGAAAGCAUUAUAAAACAUAGAAAGAUAGAGCCUAUAAGAGGCGAAUCAAGCUCAGCAAGAUGAAGAACUCCAUGAAGAAGUUUUACCUUAAUCCCUAAAGCGAUUGUUCGCGAGAACAAUUGAUAGUCGAAAUCGACGUUGAUACACCAAUAAGAAGCGGUUGGACUGUUGCCCGGCAAGAGCUUUUGGUGAGAAGCUCCAGGACUUUGGGCAACACCAAGAAGAAGUCCUAUCUGACUUGAUUUGGCAUUGAAGUUGGCAGGAUCAGUUCUGAACUCAACAAAGCUUCUCAACGAGACUAGGUGAAUCUCUAAAGCUAGUUUAGCCUUCUUAGGAACGCUUAGGAAAGAUCUUACCCAAAGGUUUCGAUUUAGCUCAACAAAAUCCAUGCGCAGGAAAAAAAAAGUUAGAGCGACCCUUUUACUUUAAAAUGAUUUGAUCGUCUCUGAUCUCUUGCUACUUUGACUUCCGUUAAAAAGAUGGGAGUUGAGGUUCUACACUCCGGUGGAUUUGAGGUUGUUCCGGCUCCUUUCGAAGACACGAACGGGAAAAUGGACCAAGGUAAAGGAGAUAAAGUCUCCAUCAAGUUUGGUUCACUCGGUGAACCGCCAAAGAAAUCCCUAGAGAACAAUGUGUUGAUCUCUGAUGUACCUAAAGAUGCAGCAGAAGAGUGGCCUGCUGAGAAGCAGAUCCACUCUUUCUACUUUGUCAAGCACCGUCAUUUCGACGACCCCAAGAUCAAAGCUAAGCUUGACUUAGCUGAGAAGGAGCUUGAGAAGUUCAACAAGGCCCGUGCUGCAGUUUUCGACCAGUUGAAAGCUAAGAGGGCGGAGAGAUCAGAGUUAUUCGACCUGUUGGACCCGUUGAAGACCGAGCGUCAGGGGUUCAACGCCAAGUUUGAUGAGAAAAGAAAGGAGAUGGAACCGUUGCAGCAAGCAUUGGGAAAGCUAAGGGGCAAUGAUGGUGGUAGUGGACGUGGACCUGCUAUAUGUUCUUCAGAAGAAGAGCUGAACAAUAUGAUAUACAGCUACCAAUAUCGGAUUCAACACGAAAGCAUUCCAUUAACGGAGGAGAAGCAGCUUCUCAAAGAGAUUAGGAUGCUUGAAGGAACAAGAGAUAAGGUCAUUGCUAACGAGGCUGUGAGAGCCAAAAUCAAAGAAUCUAUGGGUCAGAAAGAUGAUAUCCAAGGUCAAGUUAAGUUAAUGGGUGCUGGCUUGGACGGAGUGAAGAAGGAGAGGCAAGCAGUUUCAGCGAGGAUUAAUCAGCUGAGUGAGAAGGUGAAAGCAACCAAAGAUGAGAUUCAGGUCUUGGAGAAUGAGCUGAAGACUGUGAGUGAAAAGAGGGACAAAGUUUAUUCAAACAUUCGUGAGAUUAGGAAGCAACGUGAUGAGACGAAUUCAGGGUUUUACCAAGGCCGUAAUGUGUUGAGCAAAGCUAGAGACUUGGCUGCACAAAAGAACAUAGACGAGCUUGAGGCCCUCGCCAAUGCCGAGGUUGAGAGAUUCGUGUCCCUCUGGUGCAGUAAGAAGAAUUUCAGAGAAGAUUAUGAGAAGAGAAUCUUGGCGUCGCUUGAUGCUAGGCAGCUGAGCCGAGAUGGCAGGAUGAGGAACCCUGAGGAGAAGGCUCUGGUUACUCCAGAGGCACCACCAGUAGCAAAGGUCCCUAAAGCUAAGGUAAAGCAGCAGCCAGAGGAGGAACCAGUUUCUGCACCUGAAUCAGAUGCUGCUCAUGUUGCUCAGAAGACGGAGAAAGCUAAAAAUGCAUUGAAGGUAAAGAAUGCUGUUGUUGUUGAUGAUGAAGAUGAAUUAUAUGGUCUUGGAAAGCCGCAGAAAGAAGAAGAGAAAAAGAUUGAUGAAGCAACGAUGAGAGAGAUGAGAAAGCAAGAGGAGAUUGCUAAAGCCAAGCUAGCCAUGGAAAGGAAAAAGAAGCAGGCAGAGAAAGCCGCCGCUAAAGCUGCGAAAAGAGCUCAAAUGGAAGCUGACAAGAGAGAGAAAAAGGAGCGAGAGAAGAAAGCCAAGAAGAACUUUGAUGCCGAGGCCGAAGUUCCAGAAGUUUCUGAUGCUGAGAAGGAGGAGACUGAAGCUCAAGUGGAGGAGAAACUACAGAAGGAAAAAGUCUUAAAGGAGAAACCAAUAAGGAACAGAAUCCGCAGUAGAGGAGGACCAGAAACACUCCCAAGAGCAAUCCUCAAGCGUAAGAAGUCGAUUAAUUACUGGGUAUGGGCUGCUCCAACUGCUCUUGUGGUACUGAUGCUUCUUGUCUUGGAUUACUACUACGCUCUCUAGAUCAAACGUAGUGAUCAAGCGAGGCUGCGUUGUUGUAGUUUGGGACCUUUUAAAGCUUUCUUUUGAGGAUGAGACUAAAGCUUAUGCCUCAUUUACAUACAAGCAGAGACUCUCGUCCCUUUAGAAGGACUUUUACUUUCUCAUUUUGUUCUUCUCUCUCAUCUGUUGUUGAGGCUUUAAUGAAGAAAGAAAACAGUUUUUGUUACAUUUUAUUUUAUAGUGCUAGAAAACCACAUUUCUACAUAAGUGUCGUUACUAGUAAGUCUGAAAAUGUAAUAUAAUACAACUCUUUUGACUACGAAA